GAAAGAAAAUAGUGAUGAAAUAAAAACCUUCAUCUAAAAUCCUAUAGCUACGGAUGUAGUAAUAUAUUGUAAGGAAAUGUGCAGGUGGAGGCUUCUUUCUUGUUAAAUUGAAGAUUAGUAGGUGGUUGAACUCGCAGCUCCUACUCCAUUGUUUGAAUUUUCAAAAAGCAUUUAAUUAAACAUGAAAAAACGUCAAAGCCCAUAACGAAGAUAAGCUGAGACGAUUCAAGUAUUCAACGGUCUCUCCCAAUUUCGACCGUUAUCGCCAAGUUACAAAAGAUUCGCAAAUCGCAAGAACACGAUUCCACUUCCACUGCUGUUGCUGUUGAGUGUUGUACGUUCUGUUCAUCAAUCGCUCCCCUUUCGCAGUUGAGAGAUACCAUCGCAAAUUGCCCUCUCUCUCUCAUCGCAAUCUGCUUUACUGCUUACGUUGCUUCUUCGAGUUUAUCCCAUUGAACUAUAGGUUCAAGGGAAAAACAGAAAAAGGAAUAAGAUCUCUGACAGGUGCUUUCGUUCCUUAUCUAGUUUCUUGUAUUAUCACUGUUCUUAUGAUGUUUCCUAAUAAAGACAUAUGUGAAAGCCAAAAAGGCAAAAAAAGACAAAAAACUGAGCAACAAAAACAAUCUCAAGAAGGAUCUGUGGAUAAAUCUAUGAAAAUAGCAGGUUAUUCUAGCGUUUUAAAUGAAAAUGAUAAAGAUUUACAACGAAAAAUUAUACACGAGAAAGAGCGUUGGAGAGAAGUUAUAAUAAGAAUAAUUUCCGUAGUGAAAUAUUUGUGUAAAUACAAUUUAUCUUUAACAGGAUCUAGCGAGAAACUUUAUGAAGAUAAUAAUGGUAAUUUUUUAGGGUUAAUUGAAAUGAUGACAGAUUUUGAUGUUGUAAUGCAAUAUCAUGUUGGGCGUAUAGGAAAUCAUGAAACUCAUCAUCACUAUAUUGGUCAUAAAAUUCAGGAUCAAGUAAUUUCUUUUUUGUCCCACAAGGUGAAAACUUCUAUAACUAAGAUUAUUAAGAAAGCAAAAUAUUUUUCUAUAAUACUUGAUUGUACCCCAAAUGUAAUUCAUCCAGAACAAAUGGCUCUAGUUGUUCGAUGUGUGAACAUGUCUACUAAAAAAGUAAAAAUUGUUGAAUACUUUAUAGAAUUUUUAAAGGUGGGCGAUACAUCUGGUGUUGGACUUUUUAAUGAAUUGUUAGAUGUGUUUAAAUUGCUUGAUCUUAAUGUUGAUGAUUUAAGGGGUUAUGAUAUAGACUCGAAUAUUAAAGAAAAACAUCAAGGAGUUCAAAAACAAUUUCAUGAAAUUAAUCCUAGAUCAUUUUCUAUGGCAUGUGCUUCUCGUAGUCUUAACCUUACUAUUAGUGAUUUGGCUCAUUCUUGUGAUAAAGCCGUUUCACUUUUUGGAGUAUUGCAACGCAUAUUUGAAUUAUUUUUAAGUUCUUCUAAAAGAUGUAAAAUAUUACUUGAUAAUGUUCCAAAUUUAACUAUGAAAUCAUUAUCCAAAACUCGUUGUGAGAGUAGAAGAAAGAUUGUCAAAGCUAUUAGGUUUCAUGCUCCUCAAAUAAGGUUAGCUUUGAUAGAAUUAUGCAAAUCAUGUGAUGAUGCAAAGUCAAAGAGUGAAGCUGAAAGUUUGGUUAGUGAUAUAGAGAGUUUUGAAUUUUUACUUAGUUUGAUUAUUUGGUAUGAUAUAUUAUUUGCUAUUAAUAUGGUGAGUAAAAAGUUGCAAUCCAAAACUAUGUGCAUAGAUGCUAUCAUUAAUCUAAUAAAAAGUGUGAUGAUAUACUUUGAGAAAUAUAAAAAUACAGGAUAUGUCUCUAGUAUGAAUAUGGCUAAAGCAAUUGCAUGUGAUAUGGAUGUAGAACCUACGUUUGAUAAUGAAGAUGAAAUACAAUCAACAACUGAAGAGUCUUUUAGAGUCGAAUACUUUAUGUAUCUUGUGGAUAUUGCAAUUGCUUCAUUGAAUGAUAGAUUCGAUCAAUUAAAAACAUUCAAAAGUAUUUUUGGAUUUUUACAUGAUUCAGAAAAGUUGAAGUCUUUAGAUGAUACUGAACUUAAAAACUGUUGUGUUAAUUUUGCAACUACUUUUUCCCAUAAGACAGCAUGUGAUGUGGCUAUAGAUGAACUGUUUACUGAAUUACAAGUGUUACAGAUGACUUUGCCAAAUAAAAUGAUGUCAGCAGUUGAAAUAUUGGAACAUGUUAAUGCUAUAGAUUGCUAUCCAAAUGUUGCCAUUGCAUACCGAAUCAUGCUGACUUUACCUAUCACUGUAGCAUCAGCAGAGAAAAAAAAUUCAAAAUUGAAAUUAUUAAAAGACUAUUUGAGUUCAUCAAUCUCAGAAGAAAAGUCGGAUGGUUUGGCAAUGUUAUGUCUGGAGAGAGAUACGUUGGACAAUAUGGAUCUUGAUAAUUUUAUUAGUGAUUUUGCAUCUAGAAAAGCUCCUACAAGUAUUCUUUUAUAGUUUAUUUUUUUGGCAGUUUGUUGUUUAAUAUUUCUUUCAGCAGCAACAAAGUUUGGUCCUUGAAAGUGCAUAGAAAGUUUGUUUACAGAUGUUAUGAAGAUGGUGUUGAGUUCUCUGAAAUCUGAAGCUUUGUUGUGUAACAUAACAUGCUGUUGAUGCUAAUGACACAGUUUAUCAGAAUAUAGUCUCUUAAAAUACAAAUAUGGAAAGAAUUAGAGCAACAACACAAGAUUCUUUCAAAUGGCUUAACAUUAGUUAAUUGUUUUGAAUAAAUUCUUGGUUUUUGGAAUGAAUCGGGUUUAUGAGUUACAGAGAUAGCAGCCCUUGUUUGGAUAUUAUCUCACAAAAACCUGAUUCUUAUCCCAUCUUCUUUACCAGGCUUGUUGAUAUUCACUAGCUUCAUUUCAUGGGCCUGAUAUAGCCAAAGAGUUAAUUGAACAUUCUAGAGAACAUUAUGAAUCCAGUAUUGGAGUUUUGUGCAUCUGCAUCUGCAUAUUAGCUUCUUUACUAGAGGCUCAAUCGAUAAGGAAACAGAGGGAACUUGCUAUGUGAUUAUGUUUUGUGGCGUGCAAUGACGGAUUAACUUUAAUCCAUAUGAAGAACAGAAUCAAAGUUUGAUUAAGAAACAUGAAACAGAGCACUUUGUUCUUGAUUUUCCUUUGCAAAAUGUCGAGUGUUUGGCAUUGUUGAUUGUGAAAGAAACUGAACAAUGUUGUGGGUAUUGUUGAUUGAAUUUCAAAGGUUCAUGCUCAAUUCAACUUGGGACCAUUAUGUGCAUAUCUUUUUUUUGUAAACUGCUUGGACAGCUUUCUUGUUGUCUAUGAAUCAAUUACCUAAGCACAAUCCUUGAAUGAUGCACUUGCUAGUUGUUAGAUGUUUAUCACUUGCAGCAGAAAUGGAACACCCCAGAUUUUGGAUUUUCAGGUCAACCCAAAAUUAAAGCAAUUUAUUGAAAUUCCGCAGGCUGGUGACUUGGUAAUUUCACGAUGUAGGGAUUGACUUCGUGGAAUCUGAUAUAGCAGUUGGAAUUGAUAUUGAAAACGCUCGAUUUUCUGCAAUCUUUGAGCAUGCAGAGAAGGUGCAGGAGAGGGAUCUUCAAUGUAUGGUGGCUGUGAGCAAGGGUUGUACCAUGAGCUUUGGGAGUGGUAUAAUGACAUCAUUGCCAUAUAAGUGUGCUUGAGGCUUCAAUUUUGAGUUGUAAAACUCCUCAACAACAUUAGCCCUUGAAAAAGAAAUCUUGGAAUUAUAUUUAAUUGUUGGUAGUAUAAUUUUGAAAUGUUACAACUACUCGUCAAAAUUUACGAUAAAAAAAAUGUGGGAGAAUUAAUCAUUGUUCAUAGAAUAUGAGGAAAAAUAUAAAAAUGGAAAUAUAUACAUUAAAUUUUGUUUUUUA